GACCGUCAAGAGGGGUGAGCAGAGGGAUGCUGUACUAGGGCCUGCGGGUGUGAAGAAGGCCUGGCUUUGGUCAAUCCAAUUACGACGGAAAUUGACGUCAUGAGCAGGCAGCCAUACACAUGCCACGUUCUGGCGUUACACUGGCCAAUGCAUAUUCAUAGGGAGCGCAUCAUGGCGUCGUCGGUCGUUGUGUUUGUCCUGCUAAAGCUUCUGCUGGAGCAGUGUACAAUAACUAGUGGGUCGACACACUGGAUUGUUACAGAAGAUGGGAGGCUCCAGUCGCAGGCGGACUCCGUGUUUAAUUUGCGUCGACCAUAUGACCUUGUGGCCUUCAUGAGGCAGGAAGAAAGGGCUUACAUGCUUGGUAACCUUAAGAAGGAAUUGCUGAGCAGGAAGAGUGAGAUUGACAGACAUGAGGACAGAGACUCAGCUGCAGGAUUAGAACAAAAGUUUUAUCAGACAGAUCCAGACUGUAUAGAAGCUGGAAAACCACUCCCUGAAUUUGACUUGUACAUUAGCACUGUUCUUCCUCUGGAAAACAAAGGAAUCAGGCCAGAAGAACAUGUUGACUUGAAUGCACCUUUAAAUAUACCACCCAUUGCACCAGACUGCCAGGCAGUUACCAGCCUUGAUUUUAGUAUGCAUGCAUUUGAACAUUUGGAGGGAUUGAAGGACCGACGCAAUCUAUCAGGCACACCUGAGCUUGGACUAAAAAAUGCCAUUACCCACAGAGAAAAUGUGGAUGAAUAUGGACAUCUGGUGUAUGAAGCUCUCAAUAAGAAUACAACGUCUUGGAUUCUGUACAACAUGGCUGCCUUCUACUGGCGUAUCAAGGGGGAGCCAUUCCAAGCAAUUGAGUGCAUCAGAAGAGCUCUGCAUUACUCUCCUCGUCAUCAAAAAGAUGUUGCCUUGAUCAGUCUGGCCAACAUUUUACAUCGGGCACGCUACUCUAAUGAGGCCGCCAUCUUGGUUCAUUCAGCCCUUGACCUUUCACGUGAACUCAAUGUCAAUCAUUUUACUCUAGGAAACAUAUAUGCUGUACUGGGAGAGUACAAUAAAUCCAUCAUAUGUUUUGAAAACACUCUCAAGAUUCAGCCAGAGUUUGAGGCAGCAGCUAAAAGAAAACAUGCAGUUCUCUGCCACUCCAAACUAGAAGCUGCAUUGGAAGCACAACAUAGAGCACUGCAGAAAACAUUAAAGGAGCUAAAGGACUAUCAGAAAAAGCAUGACAUCUACCAGACUCAGAAUGAAAAGCUGGCUACAGAGCAGGUGCUCACAGAGGUCAAGAUUUCUCAGAGAAUAGCCUACGAACACAGCAAAAUGAAAGAUAGCAGCAAUGAGAUGGGUGAAUAUUGUCGCAUGGUGGAUAGAGACGGCAAGCAAGUCUUGCUGUGCACUUGGAGUCGUCGUUCAGCAGAUUUGGACUUUGAUUUUGCUUUCUUAGACAAUCCACCUAAAAAAGAGAACCAACAAGAGGAGGAGGAGGAGAAUGGCUUCAGGAAAAGCUUUACCAAAGACUUGCCUGAUUAUACUAAACCGGUUCGACCGCCACGUUUCUCCAAGAAUAGACCUUCAGUGCCUAAGUUUCAGAACUCUGAGGGAAUGAUGGAAGAGUGGCCAUCAAAAGAUGAGUGUGAUACCUAUGUACAGAAAGUUCCAGACCCCCGCAAUCUUUCCACAGUUUUUCUUUCGCCAGAGAACAAAGGUUUUGAGGUUAAAACAUUACUGACAGAGGCCCAAGGUCUGAUACCUGAUGUUGAACAUCCAUUGCCAUGGUACCCACCAGUCUGUGUACCCCUUAUGGAACUACCAGAAGGGAGCGAAAACACAUACGACCACCUGAAAUCUGUCAGUUAUGCUGAGCGAUCCCGAAUUCCUCUUAAACACAGUGAUCCCUCUAUGCGCAAGACUCUGCUGGAACAUGUGAAUGGAGGAUCUGUAACUGAAGAGGAAGUGGGACAAAGAAUCCUGACAGCCAUUAGGCAGAUGAUAGGACCUCAGUGGGUGUUGUACAACCUGGCUGGUCUCUACUGGCGUGUUAUAGGCAACAGCUACCAUGGCAUAGAGUGCCUUCGCCGAGCUCUGCACCUUAGUCCACCAGAGUUCCGUGAUGUUCCACUUAACAACUUGGCUAACAUCCUGUACCGUUGGGGUCGCAUUGAUGAUGCCUUGGCUGUCAUGAAGGAUGCUGUAAAUAUCAGUGAUGUUGAGCCAGCAUCAAAUCUACUAUAUGCCCACCUGCUGUGGGCCAGUAGUAACCAUACAGGAGCUGUGUGGCAUUAUCGUCAUGCCCUAGAAAUACAACCUGACCUGAACGAAGCUUUUAGCACUUUGCGUGCCCUUCGUUGCUACUUGAAGUAUCACCAGGCAGCCCAAAGUGCAGCUCCUGUUGAGACCCCUACGACACCCCUGGCCCCAAAUUGUGGCCAAAAACCAGGUGGUGGUAGCAUGGGUGCAGGAGGCCAGGCUGACAGCAGGGUCAUCUGUAAGACGGAGAAUGGGGAGGAAAAGUGCAUUAUUGAGACAAGAAUUCACAAUAAGGCGGGGAACUGCAACGGCCAGUGUACUCAGACAUGCACCAUCACACCCAUCAAACUAGACACCUGCACUGGCCUUGGAGCAGACAUCAAUCUGGAUGGCUUGCAAGGGGGAAACCAGUGUGGCCAAAAAGGGCAGCAGUUUUCACCUGAUCAGGAAGAGCUACUUUUCAGUGGUGAUUUCACUGGUAAGCUGGAUGAAGUGAGCGAAUACUAUGAGAAGAAAGGCCUGUGUCAGGGGGAAGAGUGCAGUCAGCUGCGUGUUCAGUGCCUGCUGCCCAUGAAGACUCAUUCGGGGCUGGUGGCACACGUCAUUACUCCACCCAAACUCUUUAUGCGUCCUGUGGCUCUCCAUGCCACACACUGUAUGCAGGGAGGUCAGAAGCCACAUGUCAAGCUGGAAUACGUGGAAGGUGUGCUUCACCGCAAGCUUAUCUUCCUAAAUGCACCUGGAGAUCUGCAUGUGGAGCCUCAUGAAUGUGUCAUCUUUAAUGAUGGUGCACGGUCACUAGGCUGUAGCAGAUCAGAGUUUCGUACUUAUUUUGACAACUCCCAGAUGGUUAAAGACAUGGAAGCAAUCAACACAUUAUUGUCCCAAGAACUAAAGACAUGCUGUCAAGUGAAAAUGCAAGACUCUGCCUUGCCUCAACAACCAACAUGCAUGAAGAAAAAAUCACUGCCCUUUCCAGAAACUUCUGUGGGGAAGAAAUCUGAGCAGGUGGGAUCAGAUGAAGACUUACCAGACAUUAGCAUCUACAUUGUAGGAAGGUAUCAUCUGCAGUGGAAUAAGGAGGAAUGCAGGAAUGGUGACUACAUGAACUUUGACUUUAAAGGUGUCACCUCUACGUGGCUGCCCAUUACAGAAACUGGCAUUAAUUUGUCAGACUACAUUGACUUUGGCAUUGUGGUGAAGCAUAAUUUUAUGGAGCCAGCAUGCAAUGAAGAGACUUCUGUCAGUGCAACGUUCUUUGACUCUCUGCCAGGGGUAUCCCAGCUUCAGCAGCUACAGUAUGCACCAGAGACAGCUCUCAGAAAGGUGCUGCAAACAUUGGGAGGAGAAAUUGACCCAUUAGGUGUUGUGGGCACAAGAAUAGCUAAGGCAUUGAAUGAGCAUCCAACUUCCUGGGAACUGGCCAACUUAGCAGCAUUGUAUUGGCGUGUGGAGGGUAACCCUGUGAAUGCAGUUAAUUGCCUGCGUCUGGCACUGGCCAACAGUCCAUCAAAUGCUAGGAGCAUCGCAUUAAUCAGUUUGGCCAACAUUCUGCACCAAGCUGGCCACCUUGAUGAUGCUAUAAUUGUCAUGGCAGCAGCUUUGGAUGUCAGCAAGGAGGUCGUUAUAGCACAGUUUACUCUGGCCAAUAUUUAUGCAGCAAAGGAGGAAUGGACGAAAGCUGCACAGUUCUACGAAUCAACGUUGGCUCUACAGCCCACAUUCCAGCCGGCAAAGUACCGACUGCAGGCCAUUUUGUGUCAAGGGCAGAUUUCUCAAGCAAUUCCAUCAGCCAACCCCACUUCCUGAUAUUGAACAGAUUCAAUGGAGUUUGCUUGCAUUCAGAUUGAUGCUCACCUAUAUUCAUAUCAUUCCAUUCUGUACAAUGACCAGUACAGCAGACCAAUAUAUUCAAAUUCCCACCAGAACUUGCAGUAUUUUUUAAGUUAUUUAAUAAAAAAAAAAUGAUGCCCUUUGAUCUCACUCAUUUCUCUGAUAUUGAAGAUGAUUUUGUAAACUGCUCUUUAUUGCACAGUUUCUACUGUUUUUAUCAAUAAAACAUCGAAAUCUCAA